UUUCUUAUUUUCUUCUUCUCUGAUAUCAAAUAUAAGAGACGAACCGCGGGAAGAGUCCAGUCCUAGCUUGGUCUCUUCGCUGCUGUAGUGCUGCAGACGGUUUUCUUAUUUUCUUCUUCUCUGAUAUCAAAUAUCAAAUCCACGAGAAAGCUCUCUGCAGUAGCCAGUUUUAAAUCUCUUACUCGCGGAUCAAAUGGCUCGUUCUCUCUCCAACGCAAAGCUUUUCUUUGCUCUCGUCGAUGGCGUCUCAGUUGCUAUUAGCAGGCGAGGUUAUUCGGCGGCAGCCGCUGCGUCGUCUAGCGUGGUGAGAGGUGGGGCAAGGAGUGGAAUUGGGAACCAAGGGAUGGAGAAGGUAAUGAUGAAAGAAGAGUCGGCGGCUUCAUCGUGGAUACCGGAUCCCAUUACCGGCUACUACAGACCGGAAAAUCAUGGAGAAGAAAUCGAUGUGGCCGAGCUUCGACGGGUGCUCUUAAACCAAAAGAUUAGGCCACAAAACUAAAUGAAGAGAAGAGAGAAGCUUAUUGUUCACUUGUUAGGAACAUUUUUCUUUUCUUUUCUUUUCUUUCUAGCUUCUACCGGUCGAAGAGUGUAACCGGAGGUAUUCCCUCCUUGCUUUUUCCUUUGAUUUUAACCAUAACCCUGUUCCAUCCUGAUUCCCGGCUUGGUUUAGAUGUUAGAACAGAGUUCAUCGAUACGAAGGAUUUUUAUGUAAGCCUCUCCUACAGUCCUACCCAUCUAUCUAAAUAUGUAAUGGAACAAGUUUGGCUAUUUAAAUUCUGAUGGUUUCUUUCUAAGUUC